UAUUUUCGUAUUCUUUGUUCCUGUGCAGCAUUUCGCAAAAGCAAAACGGGGGUUUACCAGAGCGAAGAGAGCGAAGUGUCGUUUCGAAGGCUGUGUUCGUUCCGUGCGAUGUGCAUCACCGAGCUGCCUGAUGGCUGCACGAAAACAGCACUGUGCUAGUAAACAAAAAUGCAGCUGCUGCAAGCUUUAAUCCUGCUGCAAACACAUCUGCCGUUGGCCGAGCCCACAGACGACGUCGGUGCGAAGUGAGACAUUCAUCUGCUCGGUACGGUUUGUGUGCGUGAGUGCGUGUGUGCGUGUACUAGAGAAGCAACGAAGAAAAACAAUCGCACAGUGACGGAGUGAAAAGGUGGAGUGAACAAGAAUAACAACAACAGUACCCAGCACGAGCAAGAAAACAUUCACGAAAGUUGUGACGCGUCCUGUGUUCCGGGUAUCCUUUCCCUGUUUUUGUUUCUGCACUCUUCUUUCCUUUUGAUGAGCGGACGGUGGUUCUAGGUGUUGGGGCGGGGGUUUUUUCUUUCCCGGAGGAUUAACAGCUCCGACUGAGUGUGAUAUGCGCGCAAGCGGACAUGCGGAAACAUAUCGUACCACACGAAGGACAAGGCUGAUAAAGUUGGUGCGUGAAAUCUUCCGGCAAACGGUUUAGGAUAUUGCUCGGGAACGUUGCCCGCUUCGAUCAACCUUUGAUUUGGGAAAGAAACGUAUGCAAACCUUGCUUGCAGCAUUACUAAAGCGCAUCGGUCAAUGACACCCGGCCAGAAGGUAAACAGACGGCCGACCCUGAACAUUACCACCGUUUAACCCUUUACGCGAAGCUCAGCAAUGACUUAACGCUAGUUCGGCAGGUGAAGCAGCAGAAUAAUGAUGGUGCUUUUACGUGCGGAACGACUUGUUUGAUGCAGCAGAACGUAGCAGACAACCUCCCCCCCGAACACGAUUUAGUGUGCGCACGAUGGCGAAGGAAUACGAUUAUCUGCUGAAAGUGCUGCUGGUAGGCGAUAGCGAUGUGGGCAAGCAGGAGAUUCUAUCCGGCCUGGACGAUGGCUCAACGGAAAGCCCAUUCUGCAGCGGUAGUGGCACGGCACACAAAACGACCACCAUCCUGCUGGACGGCAAGCGCGUGAAACUACAGAUCUGGGACACAUCCGGCCAGGGCCGGUUUUGCACGAUCAUUCGGUCGUAUUCGCGCGGCGCCCAGGGCAUCAUACUCGUGUACGACAUCACGAACAAGUGGAGCUUCGACGGGCUAAACCGGUGGCUGAAGGAGGUCGAGGAGCAUGCGCCGGGCGUGCCGAAGGUGCUGGUAGGGAACCGGCUGCACCUGGCGUUCAAGCGGCAGGUGGCGGCGAAACAGGCCGAACUGUACGCGUCCCGCAACAAGAUGGCCUGCUUCGAGAUAUCGCCGCUGUGCGAUUUCAACAUACGCGAAUCGUUCUGCGAGCUCGCCCGGAUGGCACUGCACCGGAACGGGAUGGAGCGGAUCUGGCGCACCAACAAGGUGCUCUCCCUGCAGGAACUGUGCUGCCGCAGCAUCUGCCGGCGGACGAAUGUAUAUACCAUAGAUAGCCUUCCGCUGCCACCGUCGGUCAAAUCGUAUCUGCGAUCGUACGCGCUCACCUCCUCCCAGUGCUUAAACACGGUGCUGAACAAUUCCGCGUCGAUUGCGAAGAAUCUCAAAUGCAAAACCGCCACCUCGUACCAACUGAAGCACAACGUUCGCAACGGGUGCGUCAUUUCCUGAUCCCGUCACGGCGCUAGGUCGCGGCUCGAGUGGUUGGUGUGCCGGUAGCCGGGCAGCCGAGGAUGAAUGGAAAAAAAGAAGGAAACACAUGGCCAGGUGUCGGUGAGGAGCGCCCGAGUAUCGUGGUUGGUUCGUGCUUUCCUUCCUCAUUCAACGGGUUCCCUUUUGAUGAAACAAUUUUUUGACACCGAUCGUCGGAAGUAUUUUGUUUUAAACUAACACACAUUACCUCACACUUAAAAGCGAAGCUGCCACACAUUUGUUCGCGAUUUUUUUUGUUUAGUUCUUCUCUUUGCGAGCAUCGUUACACAAUCAAACUCCAUCCCGUUAAACGGAACAAAGGCACAACAAGAGUACCAGCGGCAGUGGUAGAAAAAGUAGCAGUAGUAUUAAAAUUGUCAUAGAAGGCGGUUUCGAGGACAUAGUUGGCAGGAUGAGUCUGAGGUAUUGAACUGUUCGGGCAUGCAGUUGAGUCAUUUUUGAAUUUGCUUCGAGAUGUUGUCGGUAUGAUUAGCCCGUACACAUCAAGGCCCGUUCCAAAGGAGCCAAUUGUGUGUGCGCCUGGACAAAUCAAUUCCCUGACAUAACUUGUCAACAUCUUUCUUUCGAAUUCCCUUCCCCCAAAACGGAACCUCCUCUUCUGAGCCCUUCAAUAUUUUUCUUUUCCAAAUAGAGUAAGCGAACGGAUAGCGGAAACGUGCACCUCAAAUGAUGAGACUAACGGUCCUGAUGAAUGUUUCCAGAACUCUUUUUGUUUUGUCUUUCUUCUAAACAAACACCUCAACACUUCUUGUGCGGCCUCUACGGGGCGAGCGCGCACAACAGGGACAAGAAAUGAACCAAAUACUAAUUUUAUUAACAAAAUCAAUUACGCUAAGGUAUCUUAAAACACGUACACGCACACACACACAAACACGUGCACACAAGAAGAAGAAGAAAAAAAAACGAUUUAUAAUUUGCUCGGACACGGCGGACGUCAGACGUCAGACGUUUAAACCGUCGUUGUCCGCGAAAGGCAAUGCUUCCACGCGCUGUCGAAUACACGCGUGUGUGUGUGUGUGAUUUUCACAAUUCAUUAUGAGCUGGCCGUAUAUUGCGGCAACUCUCUUCUUACUAGACUGAAGUCAACUGUUGUAGGGCAAAAAAAGCGAACGGAAAACAAGGAAGUACUGUAAAGUAUUACUUCCGGCAAGUUGUGCUUUAGCGUUAUGUUUUGUUUUCGGUUCGCUUUUUUGCUGUAUUAUCGAAUAGGUUUUUUUUGGUUGUUAGUUUUUCUGUUUGUUUGUUUUUUUUUUUACCUGUAAAUCCACAGUGAGUCAUUUUAGCUUAGCUAAGAGAAAGGUCGAAUUCAUCACCCAAACCCCGAUGCAAAAAAAGGCAAAUAAUGAUUUUUCCCCCCACCCAAACAGGUAGUAAAACAAAACGUCCCAAAUGUUAACAACAAUAACAACGGUUGUUUAACAAAAACAUAUGGACGCCGAGUUUUGUUGCCUAGUAGAUUAGUAGUAGGCAGGUAACAUUGAGCCAGAACCGUUCACCGGUGCGGUAUAUUUAAAGCAAAACUGAAACCACAGCAAAGGAAAGAUUUACUAGUAUUUUAAGUGUGCGGUGUACACAGCAUCAGGACGACACCGAGAACCUCUUUUUUGCUACGAAAUCUUUACACUCGGAACCAAAAACGUGCACGUGAGAUAUAAUGCGUUUAAUGCGUUGUGUGUGUGUGCAUGUUGUAUGUAUGUGCGUAUGAGUAGGUUGGUUCCAGGAGAAGAUUCCAACACGGGACACAUAUUCCACAAGGGCUCGUGCGACAUUCAAAAUGUUGUUCAUGAGUCCAAAAAAACCAAAAACACACACGAAACAAGGCAACAAUUAAGCCGCAAACAAGUUUGUGUGUCUGUGUGUGUGUUUAAAGUCGGGUUCCAUUUGUUUCAUUAGUAUUAAAAUCAUAUGUAUAUUGGAAAGGGCAAAAAAUGGGAAAAUUUGGAUAAUUGAAAACAGAAAAUGAAAAAUCAAACACACACACACACACACACACAUUCACACAAAACUGUUGAAAACACAACCCAAAAAAACAAGAAACAAGUACAAUCCAAUAUUUUGGCUGCUGUUACACUUUUUUGCGACCAGAACUGUAGCGCCGAAGGAAAAGAAGCACCAAAAGUGAAAUUAAAACGCACAAACAAUUUUUAGUACUGAAAUGAAGCUAGAAAAGCGACGCAACACACACACACACACACACACACACACACACACACACACAAAAAACCCCCAUAGGCAUCCUGAUAAUACAGUGAACUUCAGUACAUACAGGGUUUACGAACCAUGCAAUGGAACGUUUGAAUUGGCCGUUAAAAAACGUUUCAACUGGAUAGUGGAACGUUGCGUAUUCUCCGUUGUAAAAAUUUGCGAGUCAAGUAAGGGAAGUUGGGAAAAAAAAAAUUCCAAACGCGUCAGUGGAAUUUUGCAAUCAACUAUGGAUUAACUAAGUAGUAUCCUGGCACAAAAUUCCACCUGCUGGUUGCAACUUCCCACCACGGGAGUACAAUAUUCCACUAUCCCGAUGAAACAUUCCAUUGUAUGGUUCGAAACCAACAAAAACAAAAGUCCACCUGGUUAUAACAACUCACGAUUGGAGGGCGAUCCCGACAACGAAAAAUUGACACUCAACCCGUCACACGUUCCUGAGACGGGGGACCGCGGUACGGCAACCCCACUCCAAUGAGAUUUAGUGUGUGCGAGAGCGAGCUAUGAUUUCAAUUUAUUUAUGAGGUGUUUUUUAUUUCUUUAAGUAGCAAUAAUGUACGAUACGAACAAAAAGGGCGGAAAAAUACAAUAAUGUGAAUGAAUUAUUAUUA